GAAUAAGCGUACACGAGAAGCUUCUCUCGAAAAACCCUAAAAAAGGCGAAAAGGCGCCCAUUUUAAUACACCUGAUCGCUUAAUUGGUCUCCUCUCCAGUAUUUUGUCGAUCAAAGUUUCGAGAAAAUCUUAAAUGCAUCAUGUCAAUGUGAUGCGAAGGAGUGCAUACCCUGAUGGUAUUAGUAUUACCACAAAGAACUUAUACCCAUUUCCCUUCUCUUAGACUGUACCUGUCACUUCCCGCCAUUCCUUCAACGGCAAACGAUGCCGGUCCUAAGAUCCCGCGAGAUCCCCGCAGUCCCACCUAAUCCUCGCAAAACCCGGGCUCACGUCGACCCACCCGCGACUCCCACUCAAGGCCGCGAACAUCCGGCCACUUUCUCAUCUUCUCCUUCACUCAUUCCUUCCCCUAAAACACCCAGUCCGGGCUCCAGUUCUGCACCAAUACUCAGGCGGAGCCUUCGUCUUGCGUCUAAAGCUUCCUCAAACGGGGACAAGGUUGGCGUUUCAGAGGAGGAGAAACGGAUUGAAAGGCGAGAUGUGGACGUUUUGAAAAAGAGGAAGUUGAGUUUGGUUAGUGAUGAUGGUGUUGAGAGCGUAGAGAGUGAAGGGGUUUUGAGUUUGCGGUUGGGGAAGAGGGUUACAAAGAUGACUUCACUGGCCGACGGCGGCGGCGAUGAGGAGGUUGGAAGUGAGGAGAAAGGGAAAGGGGUAUUAAGGAAAGAGAAUGAGGAUAUUGAGAAACUGGAGAGAAACAGUGAGAAAGAGAAUGCGUAUCGCAGAAGGAGAUUUAGCGAUGAAGGGAAAGGGAAGGGGAAAUUGGUUGUUGAAACGAUUUUGGAAUCUGAAGCUAAGAGUUCUGUUGACGGUUCUGUUUCAUUCGUUAACCUUUCAGCGGAGAAAGUAAGACUGCCAGAUGAAAAGCGUACUAAGAAGAAUAAUAAGAGAGGACAUGGGGGGAGAACGGAACAUUUUCGAGACGUGGCCAGGCAAAAUGCUUCUCGAUAUGCCCAUUUUGACGCCCAGGAGGAAGAUGAUAACAUUUUCUCUGUCGAGGCUGAAAGCGAAAUUUCCCCUGAAAAUGAACAGCCAGAAGAGACGGGCGUUGAAGAUUGGCCUGGUCCAUUCUCUACUGCUAUGAAGAUUAUAAGGGAUAGAGCAGAGAAAUUGAAUUUACAACGGGGGAGUUCUUCUUCAGGCAACGUACAAUCCGUGCAAAUUACGUGGGUUCCUCAAAAGGGUAAAGGAAAGGACCGUUCAAAGCGGUUGCCUCCGUCAUUGCUUGAUAUGUGCUUCCGGAUUCUGGUCAAUAAUGCAGAUGCAAUUGCUUCCCUUGAUCAUGUGCCGGAUGCUCUGAGACACAAGCUCUGUCAGAUGCUCUGUGACUCCAGACGAAUGAAUAGUAAUUUUUUGGACCUCCUCGUUAGUGGAUCCCCUACUGAAAUUCGCCUGAGGGAUUGUUCAUGGUUAACGGAGGAGCAGUUCACUAGAUGUUUUGAGGGGUGUGACACUACCAACUUGAAGGUUCUUCAACUUGAUCAGUGUGGCUGCUGUAUGCCAGAUUAUAUUUUACUUUCUACCUUAGCUCAGUCAUCAAACAGCUUGCCUGCACUUAUUAAUUUGUCAUUGACUGGUGCAUUUCGGCUUUCAGAUGAUGGGCUAAAAGCUCUUGUUUUUUCUGCCCCUGCACUAAGAUCCAUUGAUCUCAGCCAGUCUUCUCUUCUUACUGCCAGUGCUAUUGACACUUUAGCUAACUCCUUGGCAUCAGUCCUACUGGAACUAUAUAUCAAUGAUUGCCAAAGUAUUGAUGCCAAGCUGAUUCUUCCAGCAUUGAAGAAACUGGAGCAUUUGGAAGUUUUAUCAGUAGCAGGCUUGGAAUCUGUUACUGAUUGUUUCAUCAAGGAAUUCAUUGUUGCACGUGGUCAUGGUAUCAAGGAACUUAUAUUGACAGGUUGUAGGAAAUUAAGUGAUUCUUCCUUGAAAAUCAUUGCAGAAACCUGUUCAAAUUUACGUGCUCUUGACGUUGGUAAUUUAUCCAAAUUGACAGACUCUACUUUGGGAUACCUGGCAAAUGGUUGUCAAUCAUUACAGUUAUUGAAAUUCUGCCGUAAUGCAUUCAGUGAUGAUGCUAUAGCAGCGUUUCUUGAAACCUCUGGGGAGGUUUUGAAAGAGCUGUCACUGAACAAUGUUGGGAAGGUUGGUCAUAAUACAGCCCUAUCACUUGCAAGACGCUCAAGAAAUUUGCUUAGUUUGGAUCUAUCUUGGUGCCGAAAUCUGACUGAUGAAGCUGUGGGGUUGAUUGUGGAUAGCUGUUUAUCAUUGAGGGUGCUUAAACUCUUUGGUUGCACUCAGAUUACAAAUGUGUUUCUGGAUGGGCACUCUAAUUCCAAGGUAGAAAUCAUUGGUUUGAAGUUCUCUCCGCUUUUGGAACAUAUCAAAGUACCUGAUUCUCAGGAGGGUCCAUUGCGGUACUCCCCAGUGUGUCAACUUUAAUGUGACACGGGUGUGCAUGACUAGCCAUAGGCAUAUGAUAUUACAAAUUGGCAUAUGAUGUUUCCCGGAAACAUGUAGGCUGCAACCAAUUUCGCUUGUGAAGUACUGAAGUAGUGAGUUUUGCUGCCUAAAGAAUUUGGACAUUUUUUGUACCCCUCCGAUGAUCAUUUACUGGAAACCUGUGUAUUAAGUUGAAUCAUUGGGUCCUCCUACUUGAGAAAUUUUGUAAAUUGGGUGCCUUGUUGUGCACUAGGUUUGACAUAAUGCAAAAUGUAACCUAAUGCAUAAUAGGAAGAUAUUUGGUCAUUAUUCUCCCCUUACUUAUGCCUAUUUUACUCU